GAGGCCCCCUUCAGGAAAUAACUUGCGGAGUAUCAGAGGCACAGACCACCAACAGACUUUCUAAUCAACAAGACUGAUUGUUCGAUCGGCUUCUUUAAAUUACAUUCCUGUUCUCCACUAAUCUCCUUCAUUCUUUUCUUUCAUUCAUCUGUAUUCUCAUUCUGUUCUUCCACAUCUCACCACUUCUCUAGUUUCAAAUCUGUGAUUUGAUCCAUUCCACCCUCGGUCCAUCCGACCGUACAUCCGUCCUCCGUCGUUCCACGCGGUUAAAAAGUAUGCUGGUAUAUUGUGCUGUGCUGGUGUCAUGUCCACCGACAUGUCCGCUCCAUCCAUGAGGAAGAAGUCAUUAGUGCAGAACUCCAAGCUCAGCGUCAGGAUGUGCUUUCGGGAACAGAGGGAUGUCAUAACCAUGUCAUCUCCAGAGGUGUGCUGGCCAGUACCGAUGCGAGCCAUCGGGGCUCAGAACCUCCUCACCAUGCCAGGAGGAGUCUCCAUUUCAGGAUACCUCCACAAGAAGGGAGGCAGCCAGUUCAGCCUCAUGAAAUGGCCACUGAGGUAUAUCAUCAUCCACAAAGGCUGUGUGUACUACUUUAAGAGCAGUACCUCUCCUGCACCACAGGGGGCAUUCUCUCUGAACGGCUACAACAGAGUGAUGAGAGCAGCAGAGGAGACAACGUCCAGUAAUGUUUUCCCUUUCAAGAUCGUCCACUUCAGUAAGAAACACAGGACGUGGUUUUUUUCUGCAGCCAGCGAGGACGAGAGAAGGAAAUGGAUGCGAUACCUGCGGAGGGAGAUAGAUCACUAUAACGACCGGAAAGAGGCCCACAUCCCCAGUGACUCAGAUUCAGAUGCAGACAGUUUCUAUGGCACAAUUGAGAAGCCUUUGGAUAUCAAACACACCAGUGAAAACACAGAGGACGAUUAUGUUGAAGAGGAUGAUGAUGACGAUGAGGAAGACUAUCUGAAGCCAGACUCUGACUGUUCGCCAACAUCUACAGGUCGACCCUUGGGGCCACCCCCCACAUACCCUCCUCCCCCAGUGCCGGCAGCGUUACAGCUCCGUCAAGACUCCAGUUCAAGUUUCCACAAAGGACCGCCUCCUCCUAUCCCAUCGCAACACAGAAUCCCAGCCUCCCCGCUGCCCAAAAAACCCCUGCCCUCUGCCCACCCUCCCUCCAUCCUGAAGGACCCCAACAAAGGCCCGCCUCCUCCUCUCCCCUUCGCUCCCCACCUGCAAAAGUCGUUGUCUCCCUCCCCUCCACCUCCUCCUCCUCCCAACCCAAAGAAAACUUUUCAGAACAGGGCAACAUCCUUUGGGGGGCCCGGGAGCGACAAGAGAGACUGGAGGCCUCCGCAGUCCAUUUCAGUCCAAUUACCCGCCACUCUGCCCAUCUGUGACCAGUUAGAUAAAAGGAUGGUCCUAAAUGGUCCCACACACUGCGCCCCUAAAGCUGGAGGGAGCCAGUUGCAGGGCAACAACCACCAUGGGGUGAUAAGCAACCUGCGCAAAUUAACUGUACCGAUUCCUCAAUCUGCAAAUAUUGGAGGGUCCACCGUCCACCCUCCGCUCUCUCCUCAACUCAGACCUGUACCACACAAUAAGCCAGGAGUAGUCAAACCUCCUCCACUUGCUCUCAAACCCCCACUGCCUGCAGCCAAGCCUGGAACAGCACUUCAAAGAGCAUCUCCAGAAGGCCAAAGCUUCCGCUCAUUAGGAGACGAGACGCUGUCAGACUUCAGGAGGAAACGAGACUCAGCCAUACACGGAGGAGGACACGAAUCUGAUGAUGACUAUGAGAAUAUGCAGCUGCCAGACUCUGUGUUCAUCGACACGACUGAAACCAGCUUUGUUGAAAAAUUAUUCAGAGAGGGUCCCGUCCCUCCACAGGACGGACUGUAUGGCAUCAGAAACUCUGGGACCAAAACCUCCAAGGUGCUGGUGGUGUGGGAUGUCAGUAUAGGCAAAGCCAGAAACUACCGACUGUUUGAAGAGGACCAAUUAAUUUUUGUGGACAGUGAAGUGACUUUCCCCACUCUGCCAGCUCUGAUUGAACACUACCACAGUCAUCCUCUUCCUCACCAUGGCUCGCUGUGCCUGCAGAAGCCCUUCACAAAGACACUGAACUGAAACUGCACAGUGAAAAAAAAAAAAAACAAUACAACAAAAACCAAAGCGGAGGAAUGGGGAGUCAGGGCAUUUCUGCAGCUGAAAUCGAUCCUUGUCAACAACACAUGGAGAUAAACUCACAGUAUUAAAAAAAACAAAACAAAACUGAUCAUACCUCUUACUGUUCAGGCGACAAACAAAUCAUAUUUGACCUGAAGUUAAAGAAAGGACAGGAACUUUUCUAAAAUUCUCACUGCAAAUGGAACAUUAUUUAGCUGAACUUUAAGACUAAACUACACUUCAGUCUUUACACAGUAAGCGAUCUAAUUCUCUUCUGCAUACUGAACACAUCAGUUACUGUAAAUACACGUCACUUAUUAAUGGCAGAUUUUAUUUAUGACAAAGAUGAACCUUUCUAAAAAAUAAAAAUAAUAAUAUUCUAUAAUGGACCAGAAAUUAAUUAAUUAAUCAGACCUGUGCUCUGUUUUUGAAACAUUCCUGCUGCUUUAUGCAAACUGUGAAAAGUCGGUGUGAACAGGACGAUGUGAAAUGAUAAAAAAUAAUGAAGCAGCCAGGUGGAUGUGAACUGUUUUCCCCACAGAGGGGCGCUGUGACACAAAAUGACACAGAUGAUUCUGGGCAUCUGUAAGUCUCAUGCAUUUACCUGUUGUUGUUCCUAAGUCAAGUCAAGUCCCUACUUGGAUCUCAUUUAAGCUGGAUCAAUCAUACAGCAUUACAGUUACAAUCAGAUGACAGUGAACAACUAACAUGCAUUCCCAAAGUUAUCCAGAAACACAGCAGCCCACUGUAUGUUAAACACCUAACAUUCUAUACUUGUGGAUGGUUUAUCUCUGAUCAAACUUUUAGGUCAGGGCAGCAGCAUAUUUAUAUAUUUCACAAAUCUUCAGCCUCCUGUAGAGACUUUGUACCUCCAUGACAUAAAACCACAUCAUUACUGGUGCAACAUGUUAGACUGAACAUGACAAAAUCAGAAAUUUACAUAAGGAAACUAUUUUGUUCUGAAUUGCAAAUAUGUUGACAUUCUGUUUGUACAGCACUGACUUUAAUGUUAUAUAUAUAUAUUUAUAUGUAAAUGCUGUAUGUACUGUAAAACCACAUGUCUGUAAAUGUAUGUAUAUGUAAAUAGAUUGUUUUCUACAGAAAUAUAAGUUGAAUACAAAUAUAUAAAAGAUCACUUAGA